GCAAGCCCUGCAGUCAGAUACGGAUGCCUGUGCUCAGAGGCAGUGAGUGGGGCUGAGAUUGCAGUCCUGCCUGAGGACUUCAUGCUAGGAUGGCCCUGCAGUCACUGCCUCUGAAGUUUCUCCUGGCCUUUGCAUCUCUACUGUCAGCACAUGGCCAGGAAGAAUUUUUCAACAUCCAGAUAGUGCCCCAGGGAACAGGAGGGUGCAAAAGGCCCCAGUGGGACUACAGACUCCAGCUGGAACCAGACCAGGUGAAUUAUAAGAAGAAUGAAGAAGUGAUGCUGAGCUGCCCUGAAGGUUUCCAGCCACCCUUCACCCGUCUCAAAUGUUCAAGUGAAGUCCAGUCCUUCUCUGGUGGGAAACCUGUAUACAGAGAACUCUGGACUGGAAGAAAGUCCCGAGGUGCCUGGGUCCGCAUUCGCUCCAGCGUGGAGUGCAGUG